UCUCUCUUGGAAUUAAAUAUUAAAUAUACGAAAAAAAGGAGAAAAGCUCAUUAAAGAUCUGCUGGUUCAUUUUAGCUCCACACAGAGCUUCACAGAGAAGUGAAGAGAGAGAUCAGUUGCUUUUCCCUCACUCACUACUAACUUUACCUCAUUUAUACCUCGGACCAGUCUUCUUCUUUUCCUUCUUUAGGGUUUUGUCCCAACCAAAAAAUUAACCUCAAGAUCUCCUUCACCUUUUGUUUUCACUUUGCAAUUUGCUUGUAUUCAACUUUAAAUUGGGGGAAAUUGAAAAAAGGGGUUGCAAAUUUGGAGGUAUGUGUGAGUUGGGAUGAACAAAUUUGACAUUUUUGGGGGAUUUUGGGAUGGUGGGGGGGUUGGGAUGAGCUUGAGUGGCUAAGCUUCUUUCUUUUCUUGAAGCCCUUAGUUUUGGUAGUUCUAUUUUAGGAAAUAAAAAUUGAGUCUUUUUCUUCUUCUUUUGCAAUAUGAGGUUGUCUUCUUCUUCUUCAACUAAUACUGGAUUUAAUGAUCAGGCUGAGGAAGGGGAGAAGAAAUGCUUGAAUUCGGAGCUGUGGCACGCGUGUGCCGGCCCUCUGGUGUCGCUUCCCCAGCUCGGGAGCCGGGUGGUUUACUUCCCUCAAGGCCAUAGUGAGCAGGUUGCUGCCUCUACCAACAAGGAAGUAGAUGGCGCUGUCCCUAACUAUCCCGGUUUGCAACCGCAACUAAUAUGCCAACUUCACAAUGUUACCAUGCACGCAGAUGUUGAAACCGAUGAAGUCUACGCUCAAAUGACUCUGCAGCCGCUUACCCCUCAAGAGCAGAAGGACAUAUGCCUACUACCGUCAGAACUCGGCACUCCAAGCAAACAGCCAACGAAUUAUUUCUGUAAGACGCUGACUGCUAGCGACACCAGCACUCAUGGAGGGUUUUCUGUCCCUCGUCGAGCAGCUGAAAAAGUUUUUCCUCCUCUCGACUAUUCUCAAACCCCUCCGGUUCAAGAAUUAAUCGCAAAGGAUCUUCACGGAAACGAGUGGAAGUUCAGGCAUAUAUUUCGAGGUCAGCCGAAGAGGCAUCUCUUAACAACAGGUUGGAGCGUGUUUGUGAGUGCAAAGAGACUAGUUGCCGGAGAUUCUGUUAUUUUCAUCUGGAACGAAAACAACCAAAUGUUUUUGGGGAUUCGGCGUGCCAGUCGACCGCAAACUGUCAUGCCUUCAUCAGUGCUGUCGAGCGAUAGUAUGCACAUUGGGCUUCUUGCUGCUGCUGCCCAUGCUGCGGCUACGAAUAGUCCGUUCACCAUCUUCUACAAUCCCAGGGCGAGUCCAUCGGAGUUUGUGAUACCUCUCGCAAAAUAUGCCAAAGCAGUUUAUCAUACGAGAGUUUCUGUGGGUAUGCGCUUUAGGAUGCUUUUUGAAACUGAAGAAUCGAGUGUCCGGAGGUAUAUGGGUACAAUAACGGGUAUCAGUGAUUUGGAUCCGGUUCGUUGGCCAAGCUCACAUUGGCGCUCGGUGAAGGUCGGUUGGGACGAGUCGACUGCAGGGGAGAGACAGCCUAGAGUUUCAUUGUGGGAGAUUGAACCUCUGACAACUUUUCCCAUGUACCCGUCUCCGUUUUCCCUCAGAUUGAAGCGACCGUGGCCAGCUGGACUUCCGUCAUUUCCUGGUCUUAAAGAUGGCGAUAUGGGUAUGAAUUUUCCGAUGCCAUGGCUCCCCGGAGGUGUCGGGAAUCAAGGCCUUCAGUCGCUAAAUUUUCAGGGCGUAUCCCCUUGGAUGCUGCCGAGGAUAGACAAUUCGAAUCUCUGUUUACAACCCGAUAUUCACCAAGUAAUGGCGGCCGCUGCAAUGCAGGACGCAGGGUCGUUAGAUCCCUCGAAAAUCCUCAAUCAGUCCUUCCAAUUUCAGCAAAACGCCCCCAACAUCUCCGCUUCACUGCUACAGAAUCAGAUGCUGCAACAGCCCCAUUCCCAACCGAGCUUCCUGCAGAACCUUCCGGAAAGCAGCGUCGUUUCUCAGGCUCAGAUGUUGCAUCAACAACUGCAGGGCCGUCAUUCGUUUAUCAAUCAUCUUCAGCAGCAGCUGACGCCUCAACAGCUGAAUUCUCAAUUUCAAGAUCAGCUGAUGAAAAAAUCUAGUCCGGCUAGCUUGCAGAUGGGAUUGACUUCGGAAUCUCAGUUCACGCCCGUGCAGGCCUUGUCGUCAACGAGCCAGCUACAGAACUUCUCCAACCUCAUCGGGAAUCAUAUGGCUUCGUCUAACAACUCUUCAAUGCAGGGUAUUCUAAGCUCAUUUUCCGGCGAAGGAACAUCUCCACACAUGAACUUGAACGGACCUCAUCCUCUCCUCUCUCAUUCCCUGGCAAAACGAGUAGCGUUAGACCCGCAGCUUCCUUCCAAGGUUUCUCAUUUCGGAGUGCCCCAUCUGGAAGAGCUGGUGACGCCUAAUUCCAAGGUCUCGGGCCUUUCGGCCUUGCUGCCUCCGUUCCAUGGUAAAGAAUUUUCGGAUUUCCAAGGUGUGGCACAUUCUCACGACAAUCUGAUGUUCGGAGUUGGUACGGACUCGUCAGCUAAUAUGCAGUCCGGUAUGUCUAACCUUAGAAACAACGGAAAUGAGAACGAUUCGUUGUCGAUGGCAUAUGCGAACCCCACAUUUCCAAGUGGCCCAGGCACUGAAUUUCCUCCCAACUCGGACAUGACUUCCUCCAGUUGUGUAGACGAGUCAGGUUACAUGCAGUCCUCGGAAAACGUGGACCAAACAAACCCGACAUCGAGAGCCUUUGUAAAGGUUCACAAGUCGGGGUCUUUCGGGCGGUCACUCGACAUCUCCAAAUUCAGCAGCUAUUCUGAGCUGCGGAGCGAGCUUGCUCGCAUGUUUGGACUCGAGGGCUUGUUGGAAGAUCCUCAGAGAUCAGGCUGGCAGCUUGUAUUCGUUGACCGAGAGAACGAUAUUCUUCUCCUCGGCGAUGAUCCUUGGCAGGAAUUCGUGAACAGCGUGUGGUACAUCAAGAUACUGUCACCUCUUGAAGUGCAGCAAAUGGGCAAAGAGGGCCUCGAUCUUCCAGGCUCGGCCCAAAAUCAUCGGCUCUCCACCAGCAGCAACAGCUGCGACGACUACAUGAGCAGGAAGGACUCCAGAAGUGGCUUGAACGGCAUACCAUCCGUAGGGUCUCUCGAAUACUGAUGGAAAGCUUGCUCGUCGUCCUCUUGAGUUCCUUCUCCCCCGGCCUUACCCGAAAAGGCCGAGGGUAUGUAAGCUUGCUGUAUGUAUGUUAUAUGGUGAAUCCUUGUCUUCUUAGGGCUACUUUGUAAGAAUUUUAAGAACAUUUAUUGCAAUUUGAAAUGAGGAAAAAAUGUAGACUUUUAUUACUA